AUGGAGGGCGACGACGAGCUCAUCGCCACCGUGUAUCGCAAGAUCGAUCGGGAGAAGGCCCUCAUUGCGGCCGCGACAAACAUGAGACAGUCCACUGAUAACCCGCUUGUACAGCAGCGAGUGGACGCCAACAUACGGGAUGGACGGAAGAACAUUGCUUAUCUCGAGGAGAAGAUGCAAGAGCUUCAGCUUCGAAAGAUGGGCCGUGGGAAUACUUCUCCUACCGCGACGCGAGGGUCUGGUGAAGGCCCGCCCUUACCCCCAAAGGACGCCGGCUCCUCGUACCGUGGUGGUGAUCAAGGCGGCUACGGCGAUGUUGGCCCGGGAGGCUACAGUCAGGGUGGAACAGGCAUGAUGCCUCCCCGGGCGCCUUUCCACGACCCUCGUCCAGACGCCUCCGUGCCCAAGGCACGUCCAAAUUUCAGCAAGUUAGAUUUGAUCAAAUAUGAUACUCCGUAUCUUGGGCCCAAGAUCCAGCUUAUGCUGUCACAGCUUGAGUUCAAAUUGAGUGUUGAGAAACAGUAUAAAGCUGGUAUCGAGAAGAUGGUGCGGCUCUAUCAAGAUGAGGGCGAUCGAAAAAGUCGAGCAGAUGCAGAAGGCAGACGAAUCGAGAGCAACCAAAAGAUCCAGCUCCUAAAACAGGCCUUGAAGCGAUAUGAGGACCUUCACGUUGAUAUCGAGAGUGCAUCGGACCACCCAGAUGAUGAUAGUUUGAAUGCCCCCAACAUGCGCAAGCCUCUGACGGGUCAUCUAACUAUGAAAAUUCAUGCCGUUAGAGAUACCUUCAAUGUGGACAUUGAUAAGGCGAAUGAAAUCGAACUCACUGUAUAUGACAAGUCGGGUGACAGACCCACGCCCAUCGGCAUGCUCUGGAUAAGGAUUUCAGAUAUCGCGGAAGAGAUGCGUCGAAAGAAGAUCGAGACUGAAUUUAAUGCCUCCGGAUGGGUUUCUGCUGAUAAAAUGGAUCACGGGGCCAUCAGGCCGGACACCCAGUUCCAGGGAAGUUCGUUCCAACCUAGCCAGCCUGCUAGAACUCAACCUCCAGGGCAAGCCCCUAUCGGCCAAAAUGCGACGGUCAUGGUCGACUCCUGGUUUGCUUUGGAGCCAGUGGGGAGAAUACACCUUACCAUGAGCUUUGCCAAACAACUUAAGGAUAGACGACCCUUUGAUAUUGGUCUCAACCGUCAAGGAGCUGUCCGCCAAAAGAAGGAAGAAGUCCAUGAGAAACAAGGCCACAAAUUUGUUACCCAGCAGUUUUAUAACAUCAUGCGGUGUGCUCUUUGUGGUGAUUUCCUCAAAUAUGCAGCCGGUAUGCAGUGCUCUGACUGCAAGUAUACCUGUCACCGAAAAUGCUACCCGAAAGUUGUUACCAAGUGUAUUAGCAAAGCGAACUAUGAAACCGACCCAGAUGAGGAGAAGAUUAACCACCGCAUCCCUCAUCGGUUCGAGGGAUACUCCAAUAUCUCUGCUAAUUGGUGUUGCCACUGCGGCUAUCUAUUGCCUUUUGGAAGAAAGAAUGCCAAACGGUGUUCUGAAUGCUCCCUUACAUGUCAUUCCAACUGUGCUCACCUGGUGCCUGACUUCUGCGGGAUGUCUAUGGAAGUGGCCAACCAAAUUCUGGAGACUAUUAUCAAAACAAGAAAUACCAAUAGAACAAGUGGUGGCUCAACUAAACCCCCUCGUCCAAAGCCCGCUCCCAUUGAAGGCGGGCCUCGACAUUCUCAGGACAGCUACGGUGCACCAAUGAUGUCUCCCUCAGCGGAAGCCGUCAGUGCAGCCAGCUCUUCAUACAUGCCACCCCAAUCUCCAACUUCUCCAGGACGCCCCGUUGCCUCUCCACAUAGUCCUUCAAGUGCCGCUGCCGCUGCCGCUGCCGCCGCCGCAACGGGCAUGCGCCCCUUGUCUCAACAAACAGGGUAUGAUAAGCUGUCUUUCAAUGAUACCUUAGAUACCGCUAGAGAGCCCUUGUAUAUUAAUCAUGAAUCUAGGAUACCCCAACAGCAACAGCCGCAGCCACCGCCGCAUUCUCACUACGACCCUGGAGCCUAUGCCCGUGUUCAAGCACCGCAGCUCCCCCCAAUCCAAGUCGGUCAUCAACCUGCGGGGCACCAGUAUCCCAUGUCACCACCACACCAACAGCAACAGCAACAUCAGGCGCACCAGCAGCACCCGCAACACCCACAGCAUCAGCAACUCCCGCAGCACCCUCAGCACCAGCAACAGCAAACCCCUGUUACUGCGCACCCCACAGCUCUUGCUUCCAAGGAGCAGAUGCCACCACCCACUUCCGCACACCCUCAAAAGAAGGCUGGUGCUAUGAUUGGAUUGGAUCACUUCAACUUCCUUGCAGUUCUUGGUAAAGGAAAUUUUGGAAAGGUUAUGCUUGCAGAAUCGAAGACGAGCAAAAAGCUUUAUGCCAUUAAGGUCCUGAAGAAGGAAUUCAUCAUUGAAAAUGACGAAGUGGAAAGCACCAAGUCAGAGAAACGCGUGUUUUUGAUUGCCAACAAGGAGCAUCACCCAUUCCUGCUUAAUCUUCACGCUUGCUUCCAGACAGAAACUCGUGUUUACUUCGUGAUGGAGUAUAUUAGCGGUGGUGAUCUCAUGUUGCAUAUUCAGCGUGGUCAAUUUGGUCUUAAAAGAGCUCAGUUCUAUGCAGCGGAAGUCUGCUUGGCUUUGAAGUAUUUCCAUGAAAAUGGUGUCAUCUACCGAGAUCUUAAACUCGAUAACAUUCUGCUGUCUCUAGAUGGACAUCUUAAGAUUGCCGAUUAUGGUCUGUGUAAGGAGGAGAUGUGGUAUGGUAGCACCACAAGCACAUUCUGUGGAACUCCCGAGUUCAUGGCUCCAGAGAUUCUCCUGGACAAAAAAUACGGCAGAGCUGUUGACUGCAGUCGCCCUUCCGAGGAGAGGAUGAAGACGAAAUCUACGACGCCAUUCUUGCCGAUGAACCUCUUUUACCCUAUCCACAUGCCACGAGACUCCGUCUCAAUUCUUCAGAAGCUGUUGACACGUGAGCCAGAACUAAGAUUGGGAUCUGGACCAACUGACGCUCAGGAAAUCAUGUCACACCCAUUCUUCCGGAAUAUUAACUGGGAUGACAUUUACCAUAAGCGCGUUCCGCCGCCAUUCUUCCCCAAGAUCACCAGCCCUACUGAUACGAGAAACUUCGACCACGAGUUUACUAGUGUCACCCCUGUUCUCACCCCAGUUCAGUCUGUCCUCACUCAAGCGAUGCAAGAAGAAUUCCGCGGUUUUUCAUACUUUGUAGACUGUGAAUAA